UUUCCCUUUUUUUCUCUCUAAAACAGUUGAAAAGCGUUACCGAUUCGAAGAUCUAGGUCCUACGCGUUUGAUCUCUCAGGUUUGCCUCUUCUACGUCUACGAAUCUCCGCCAUUAUGAUGAUUCCUUCGUGCUUUCAAUUUGGGUUUCUUCUUCUUCUUCUCGAUCUUCGUCCUCCUAUUCGCAUCGAUUACUCAGGAAGCUAGGGUUUCGCCGAUAGGGAUGAUGGAAUCAAGAUGAUCCGCUGGGUUUUAUUGCUGUUAUAGUUAGGGGUUUAUACGUACGAACGCUCGCGGUUAUGAAAUCAUCGAAUCGUCGAUCAUCUAUGGCUUUUCUGGAAUGGAAGGAAUAUUUCGGUUCUUAGUGACAAUAGAUUAGGGUUUCUGUAUAUAGAUUAGAUGUAUUUGGUUUAUCUGCGGACUUGGUGCUCUACGAUACUUGGCUUUUUGGGGUAUCAGAAGAUUGGAGCUUUUUAUCCUCUUCUUCUGAGAGUUUCUGUGGAUCAUCAUGGAUGAAGCAACAAAGCUCGAAAUUGUGGUUCAGUCUGCUAAAGUUAGUUGUUUUCUCAAUGUUUAUAGUAUGAAUCAUAAGGCGCCAAGGAGAUACUCAAACGGAAGGAAUUUCGGAGUGGAAAGACAACAUGAUUUUGCAGCAGAUAUAGUUCCGAGAAGACCCUAUGUUCCUUAUGAAAACAGAGUUAACAGAGGUCCGAAUAAGUGGUCAAGGAAUCUGGUUUGGACGGCAUCAGAAGGCAACAGGCCAAGGAAGAAUGAUAACACUUAUGGGUCAGUGAAAUCACCAGCUUCAGGCACAGGACAUAGUGUGUCCAAUCAGCCAAGGAAGUAUGGUUCGAAUGGGCCAAGAAGCUCAUCUAUAGACACCAGAGGUUGGGGGUCGAGAGAUAACGGCAGUCCCACGUAUAAGGAUUGUGUAUGUAAGUAUUGGAAAGCUGGAAAUUGCAAGAGGGGUGAGCAAUGCCAGUUCUUACACUCUUGGUGUAGCUUCCCUGGAUUAGCCAUGGUAGCUUCUCUUGAAGGACACAAGAAGGAUCUUAAGGGGAUUGCACUUCCUGUGGGUUCUGAUAAACUCUUCUCAGCCAGUAGCGAUGGUACAUUGCAAAUAUGGGACUGCCAUACUGGUCGGAGUGUUCAUACAAUCAACCUCCAGGCAGAAGCUGGGUCUUUAAUCAGUGAAGGCCCUUGGGUUUUCCUUGGCUUGCCAAAUGCUGUAAAGGCUUUCAACGUCCAAACCAGUAUAGAUUUGCAUCUUAAGGGAGUGGUUGGUCAGGUCCAUGCUAUGACUGUUGGAAAUGGAAUGCUUUUUGCUGGGACAAGUUCUGGUAGCAUAUCAGUCUGGAAAGCUACUGACAACGAGUCUGAUCCUUUCACAUACCUCACAUCUCUCGAGGGACAUCAUAGUGGUCAAGUCACAUGUUUUAUUGUCGGAGGCCAGCGACUAUACUCUGGUUCCGUGGAUAAAACGAUAAAGGUGUGGGAUCUCAACACACUGGAAUGUACAAUGACCCUAAGGCAACAUACCGACACUGUCACAUCGCUGUUAUGUUGGGAUCAGUAUCUGUUCUCGUCCUCCUUGGAUGGAACCAUAAAAGUUUGGGCUUGUUCUGAAAAUGGCAGCUUGAAAGUUACUAACAUGCGCAGACAAGAACAGAGUGUGCAUGCGCUUUGUGGGAUAAACGACGCAGAGGGCAAACCGAUCAUGUUCUGCUCUUACCAAAACGGAACAGUCAGCAUCGUCGAUCUACCAUCUUUUGAAGAAAGAGGAAAGAUGUUUUCGACGCACACGGUCGGCACAAUCACAAUUGGUCCUGAAGGAUUGUUAUUCAGUGGAGACAAGAGUGGGAAGCUGCGUGUUUGGAACUUAGCUGGCACCAAAGCUUAGCCGUUUUACAACUCUUUUAUAUCUUAGCCAUCUUGGUCACAAGAUAAUUUUUUAUAUAAUUUGUACAGAGUUACAUUCUUAAUUCAACUGAAUGAUCUUUACUAAA